AUGGCUCCGCCGUCGGACGUCUACUUCCCAUCGCUGGACGAGUGCUUUGGUGACAGCCAGAUCAUAUCAUGGAAAACCGCAUACUUGUCUAUAGCAAGGGCAGGCGAUCAGUCUAAUCCUGACAAGAAUAUUUCCGACUUCCUCUGUUCCUCAACCGGUCUCCGCAUCCUCUCAAACCCUUACUCCCCCUUUCCUAAGCCAUCCAGUGCUUCAAAGACAGCAUUCGAAUCGAAGACCGCCGCUAUUCAUGUCACCUCCUCUAAGAAUAACUCGGACUCAGAUGAAAUAAAGUCCGAUGCGCUAUGGUUGAGCAAGGAGGCCGGCAUAGACGAGUUGUCCGCUUUGCGCAUGGUCGUGCUAGCCUGGCAGCGUCGACGCGAAAACGAACUCCUGUCCCAUUUUUCAGAGGAGGAGCUUACAAGUCUGCAUGACGCCGUUGGGAUUGGAAGGUCGCCGCAUGGGUCUUACGGAAUCGAAGCCUCCAGCAUUCUCAAGUACGCUGGCUCGCAGACCGAAUCGUCAGCAGCGUUGAAAUCCAAGGAAACGAGACAGAAAAUAUUGUUCCAUAUUUGGUUAUCAGAGCAGAGAUACAUACUUAAACUGGCUCAUUUCCUGAUAGCAACGUCCUUACGAGAUACACGACGAGAUCAACAACUUGAACAAUCUGUUGGGUCUGGUGAUGGCUUUAUUGUGGAGGCCAGCCGGCUAGGGCGCGCAAUCCUCAACGGCCAGUGCGGGACAUUGAAAGUUGAAAAGACCGAGAUUAGCAUUCCAAGCUGCAUUGAGGCUUUCCGGCUACGCGUUAAGGGCCUAGAAGCUGGCAGUUGGUGGUCAAAGUCGGUAGGACUUGACGUGUUGAUGGAAAGCUCUUGGCAGGCGAGCGCUCUAGAGGAACUCGUCCAGAUAUUAAGCCUCAUUUUCCUCCAGGUCAGGUCCUCAGAGGCAAUCCCCUCGGCCGAUGUACUCCUGUCCUGGCUCAGGUUGAUGAGUGAAUAUGAAUUCCUGGAGACUAUUCGUCCAUCAACGGAGGAGCAAGCAGCUAUUUGCUCCCAGCUUCAAACUCUCAUAUCCAUAACAACACUCUCUUUUCUCAAGCUCCAGACUUCCUCCGCGCGCUUGGACAAACCCGAACUAAAGCCAACUAAGCUUCCAUAUUUCUUAUCUCAGAAGGACGUUGGCGAGAUUAAUGAGAUAUUCCUCAGAGCAGCCCAGGCUGGGCGGCUAACUGCGAGUGCAGCAGUGUUUUCCUGGGCCGUUAUCAUGUACUCGGUUGGAGAAAUCGCCUUGGCGAUUAAAGAAGACAGGGAGCUCCAGCAGGCUAACCACGCUGUGGAGUCGUUCAACAACAGCACGCAGUUCGCAGCGCCAUCUGCUCUCUCCGAAUCAUCCAUAUACGAGGAAGUCUGGGAAAAGGCACGCAAUCCUGAGUUUGAUGAAGACUUUGUCAGGUUUCUCGUUUCCAGUGCUGUCGAUAGAUGUCGUUUGCUGGAGCUCAUAUUUGCUAUGUCAGAGCAGCUCCGGUCUGUCCCAAGACAAAGAGGAGAAAACCUGGUAAGCCAGUGGGGUCAGCUAGAGCUCUUGGACCUGAUUAGAUCUGGAGUUCAAUACCUAGACUAUAUCCCCGAGCUAGUUGCAGCGGUUUUAUGUAUCGUAUCGGAGCCAGCUGAACAUCAUUGCCUAGACAAGGAACCAAAAUUCGACGACGCUUACGAUCCCCGAGCUGUCUUCCUGACCGAUGAGAUUCUAAUGGAAAAAAUCUUCCGAAAUGCAAAGUCUCGGUUCCCCUACGAAGCCGCCAAUUUUUUGAAGUUCUGCAGAGCUCUUUCAGGAUGCAGCCUAUCAACAGAAGAUGGCCUACCCAUAAUCUGCCAUGAGCUAGAAUCCAUGGCUACUUAUACACAGGCCGUUGCAUCUGGAUUCCAGGGGUACCGAUCAAUCCGGGAAGAUGAAAAUGCGAACUAUGUUGAGCUUAUUGCCCCCUUGGAUAUGAAGGAGGUUGCUUCUGCAAAACGAGAUACAAUGCAAACAUCCCAUGAAUUGGUUCUUGCUAAUGAGUUGUCUGUACUUCCUGCAGUCACAGUUGGCCAAGUUGUCAGCGAGUCGAAGCCUGCUGUGAUAAUGUGGCACCACCAGUACAACUGCCUUGGAUUCCUCGGCAAGUGGCUAGAGCAAGGCACCAACAGCCGCGGAAGUGACAAUGCCCCUGACGACGAUGUGGCUACAGACAUUAUCGGGUUACUUGCUGACUUGAUUGAUAAUGCAUAUGCCAUCUCCAGAGUAAAUGGACAUGAAUCUUCCGCCAAACGAAUACUGGAAAUGGCCAGUGAUGGGUUGGAUCGUCAUGCAGAUAUCAUAUCUGUAAUUUUCAACAUUUUCGAACGGAGCCUCCAGGGCGCCAGCGCCGCUGCUUCUAGCAAUCGAAACUUCGACCUUACCAUGUCAUGCAUGCAUUUUGUAUCUUCUCUUACCAAGGUUCUUCCUGGAAGGGUCUGGCCAGCUCUAGUUCGAAGUUCUUUCCUGUCAACAACUGGGAACGGUGGAAUGUUGGAUAAGAUAAUUUUCUCGGUAGAAGCAAGCUCCGGAGAUCUUUCAUUCCUUCUGUCAUCUAUCAGACUAUUUGAAUCUGUUGUUGACGAUGCCAUCACACAUGCUGCGCUUCGAAGGACAACUGCAAAGGUCACUUCAGCUUCCUAUGUGGCCGAAUACACAGCCGGAAUUCCCGUACGCUCAAUGCGCACAUGUUUGCUCAACUUCGUUCGGGCUAUGGUGGAGAUAUACAACAGCGGUUCCGGCUGGAAACUCAAUGACAUCCACCAACAAAUCGAAAUCAACACUUCUUUAGCCACUAAUUUCCAUAAAAUUCUUUAUUACGUUUACGGAACCGAUGAUACCCAAGAUCUUGACGAUAAAAUAACCGCUGUUUUUUCGAGUUCUGCCAAAUACCUAUUGAACAUCCUACGGCCAGGAUUGAACGAGAGUCUUCCAUCUAAUCCUAUCCUGCGAAUUAUUCUAGGUGGAUUUGAAUCUCAUGUGCCCGAAAACAUGGUUCAAUCCACCGUAGAAUGCAGUACUUUAAUAGUGUCGACAAUUGACCUGGCCAAGAUCCUAAUACAAGUUGGAUGGUUGACGGACGCUCCCAUAUCUGCGCUUGAGAAACAACUUUUUAGCGCCUCGCCCGUAUUCGCAAGGUUAUUCGUUCUUGAUCGCAGAUAUCAGCUGCCAGUCGCUACAUUGCUUGAGUUGCUUGUAUCUCGCGCCUCUGCCUAUAAGGAUAGGGAACCGCCUUCUCUGCUUGGACACCUUGGUGCCGAGUCAUCGUGUCGUUUCCUGGAUGCUCUAGCCAAGUUUGAUCGACCAUUUGGAUCCGACGACGUCAAGGUAGCGAUUUGGAAGCUUGUAACCUCCAUUAUAACAAAGAGACAGCAGUGGCUUGCUGUUUUCUUACUCACAGGCUGCUCACCCCGGGAGUCCUUGAAAGCAGAUUCCGAUAAACCAGCCGCAUCCAUGAAAUCAAAACCAUUCUUGGAAGCUUCUCUAGAUCUGUUGUCCUCUAUCUCUUCUAUUCCACCCCAAGUUGCAGUUGCUGCGCUGCAUUUCAUCGCCAAAGCCCAAGAAAACUGGCCAUGGGUAACACCAGAGUUAAAGAAACAUCCAAACUUUUUCUCCGUGGUAACAAAAUAUAUCACCGAGCUAAAUGUCGAUAAACUUCAGCCAUACCAAAAGUGCAUGAAUAUACAGAUUGCAGCGUUGGUAGUCGAUAUCUGCACAGUAUACUUACACAGUGCUAAGGAGGCCAGAGAUGGAACCUUCUUCAAAACUCUGGUACCACUUGUCACCUGGCUUUCGGAAAAUGCUGUUGAAGUUGAUGGCUACAAUGCAUCGCUACACGGAAAUCUGAAACGCAACUUUGAGAUGAAAUAUCGCGAGAGCAAGAUAACCAAUAUCAAACGCACUGCGCUUACUCAAUCGGAAUUUGGGGAGGAGUAUUACUAUGAUGUCCCAAUGGGCAACAAACUCUUUGGCUACGAUUUCGCUUGGAUUGGUAAACGUGACCAAGGAUUCGUGGAAGAGGUUAAACGGGCCAAUUUAAACCUAUCUCUCGUCGAAGCACAGAUGUCACUCCUGCACAGCUGGAAAUUCUUUGCAAUCGAGCAUUGCUCAGAUUUCAUGCCUGACCGGGAAGUUCAAAAGUCUAUGGCCAGAGUUGUCCGCCGUUGCUUGGUUGCAAACUCUCAUGAUAUACCUGAUGAGCAAAUCUUCUUUAAACUCCUUGAAACAAGAGCAGAAUUCGCUCUAGCACUGGUUCACCGCCUCGUUGAAGUGCAGGCAAGGGGUUCGGAGGUUUUCAGUCUUCUAUCCGUUACAUGGGAAACGAUCCGACUUCGUAACCCAACAUACGAGAGCGCCCUAUUACACGACAACACAGAGUAUUAUGGUCUUCUGCUUAAUGUGUUGUUCCUUACACUGCAGUUCCAUGUUGCAGGCGCUAAUCUAGUCAAUCCCGAAGCCGUCAGCCAGAAACCUGAGGUGUCUUCUGAUCUGACUGUCCUUGUCGAUGUUAUCAAGAACGUAGUUGCAAAUGGCUACCGAUCUCUAUGCACACACCUACACGAUUCGCCUGAGAAAUGCACACCAAAGGAUUUUGCCAUUUUAACAGCGAUCUUGCAAACUUCCUUGAAAGUCAAGGAUGUCGAUCGCAUCUACGAACAGAUCGCGUUCCACCUGGCUGAUAGUGAUACUAUUCGAUAUGCUGCAACCCUUUUCUCAUGGUCAAAUCAGCUUACCAUUGAAGGCGAUCCUGUUUAUGGUGAGAUCAGCAUGCUGUAUCUCCUAGAGCUUUCCUGCAUUCCAAGCAUUGCGGAGCAACUUGCAGUAGAGGGAAUACUUGUCAAGUUGUCAACCUUCAGACUCACCGAGGCAUUCCGCCAACCUCAGGGCUGCGGCCCAUUCGAUCCUAUCCCAAGGCUUUUCUCCAUUUGGAAUUCCGGUUUCCUUCCACUCUGCUUGAACUUACUCUACCACAUUGGGCGCACAGUGCCCGAAGUUUCUGCGUUCCUCAACCAAUUUGAUGGCCAGCUUCGACGAGCAUCAACUGGCUUCUCACUUGGCAACCCAACCGUCAUUCCCAGUUCCAGUCUAGCUACGAGCCAUCGUUCCAAACGUUUAUCCCUUGGGAUGGCAACCGAAGCCUGUUCUCUCGCACUGAUCUCGAUGAUUAUCCAAAAAUUCCGUGAUGCAGGGCCAAGUGCAGGUGUAGAUCCACAGAACAUUCAAGACCUCAAGUGGGACAGGGUGCAGGUGAAGGAUGAUAUUGACGCUUUGCUGGAGAAGCGUUCAGUCCUACGCUCGCGUAUCACGCCAACAAAUGAAAAGGAGGCCGCUUGGUCGCAGAGACCGCCGCUAAAUCCAUCAAGUGGCGCGGAGAGCUUGUUGGAAGAGAAGAUAGUGAAAGAGCUUCAAACAGCCAUUGCAUGUAUGGGCGCUGGAAGUGAUGAUUAA